UUUUUUUUGUCUUUUUGAGACAGGGUCUCGCUGUGCAGUUCAGGCUGGCCUUGAGCUCACUUUGUAGCCCAGGCUGGCUUCGAAUUCUCAGUGACCCUCCUGCCUCAGCCUCCGGAGUGCUCCAAUGGCAGGCAUGUGUCACCGCACAUGGCUCCGUCUGCUUCAAAACUGGAAGAAAUCAGGACCCAGACCAAGCAGCUGUCCUGGGUCCUCACCCGCCUGUGCCUCCUCCAGGCCUGCGCCAUCCCCUGACUGUGGGUCCCCUCGGGCCCUAGGUGGCCUCUGUCAUUUAUGGGUGUCCCACGGCUGCCACUCCUCCUGGAGCCACCCAGGUGGCGGAGGCAGCUUCCGAGACUGCUCCGUCCCCUGUCGCUGGAUGGGAUGGGCCUGGGCCUCUCACUGCAGGUGUGUGUCCCGCUGUCCCUAUGUCCCUCCUAGCCGCAUGGCGUGGGCCGGUACCUCUUGCCUUCGAGGAAGCAGGAACAGUGGAGCAGCGCCACCCCAGGCGGGCGACGGUGACAGUGACUUUGACAGUGACGCACAGACCCUGAACUGAAACCCAGCUCCUGCAGUGCAGCCAUCACCGGACCCAGACGGCUCUUCCCAGGUGCCUUCGAACCCGGAAGCCAUGGCACAGUCUGAGAGGCUGCCCCCGCCAUUGCCCCCUCGCCUGGACUGGUUCGUGCACACCCAGAUGGGCCCGCUGGCCCAGGACGGCGUCCCCGAGUGGUUCCACGGCGCCAUAUCGCGAGGAGACGCCGAGAACUUGCUGGAGCCACAGCCCCCGGGGUCCUUCCUCAUCCGGGUCAGCCACAGCCACGUGGGCUACACGCUGUCCUACAGGGUUCAGGACGGCUGCUGCCACGCCAUGGUGCUGCUGCGGGACGACGGCCGCCUGCUGCUGCACGGGGAGGACACAGCCCAUGCCUCGCUGUGCGCCCUGGUGGCUUUCCACCAGAGCAGGCCGCUGCGGCCUCACGGGCAGCUGCUCACGCAGGGCUGUGGGCAGACGAACCCAGCCACUGUGGACUAUGAGGACCUCCUGCUCUGUGCUACCACCCUAGCCCAGGAUGUUGCUGGCCCUGAGCCUGGCCCCGAGGAGCAUCAGGGGCCCUGCUCCGGCCAGGAGGAUCCUCGAGAGCGCACCCGGCUUUUCCUGCCGAAGAACAAGGAGGCAUCCCCAGAGGCUUGGAUGGAGCCCGUGGAACAGGUCACCUCCCCCCAGCCCCCAGUGGUGCCUCUGGGGGACGCUGGUCAGAAGCUCUGGAAGAACCUCAGGGUGCUGCCUGAUACCAGCAGGAGGGUCCAGCAGUGGCUGAAAGACCACCUCACUGUGAGCCUGUCGCCGUGCUGGGACACCUGGCUGGCAGAGGAGACUUCUGGCUCCAGGGUCAGGACGGACAGUCGGGGGCACUGGAGCAGUGCUGCCUGGAGAAACAGGGUCCCCACAUCCCCAGAAAACACUCCUCAGUGCCAGGCCCUGAGGGACAGGGGCACACCCUCCAGGAAGGCCAGUAGGCCUGCCUCCUGGAGUGGGAUGAUCCCAAGUGGCAGAAGUUGGCGCCAGAAGAUAACAAGGGCACUGUCUGCCCAGCCGUCCCAGCAGAAGCCGGGGGACUGGCUCCCUGAGGAGUACCUGCAGCCACCACCUUUUGCCCCAGGGUACUGCUAGGGGCCCACCCAACCGUGACCUCAGUGCUGGGCAGCCAUGUUCCACGCAUGUCCUCCAGGAUACCCGGGUGGGAGAAGGCGCUGGUGACCAGCGUUAAAGAAGUGAGUGAGGCUUGCUCUGUGUCCAGCCAGUCCCGGUCCCCCUUGUUGCCUACAAUUUGCCCUCACUCCCUAUGGUUCCCAGUCUGGAGUUUGCCUACCAUAUGUGGAAAAUGAUUUUAACAGCUGUAUGCAGGCUGGGCAUGGUGGUGUAUGCCUGCCAUCCCAGCACUCUGGAGGCCGAGGCUGGAGAAUCUCCCAGAGUUUCAGGCCAGCCUGAGCUAUAUGGCCAGACUGUCUCAAAAACCAAAAACUCAAACUAAAAAUUGUGUGUGUAUGGAUA